AUGGCCUGGUAUGGCAACUGCCCCAUCCUCGACCGAAAGAAACUACAAAAAGUUGUGUCCACAGCCCAGACCAUCACGGAAGCCAACCUCCCAUCCAUGGUCUCCAUUUACGUGGACUAUUGCAGCGGAACAGCUGCUAUCUUCAGCACAGACCCCUUGCACCCUGGCAAUGGUAUUUUUUUGUUGGCACAGCAACGGAAGCAAACAGGGCAGAGAGCCCUGGGGCGGGGAAGCCUUUUCGAUCUGGGUGGUGAAGGCUGGAAUAUUGACGGGGGGAUUCCCUCCGCCGAUGGGCACUGGUGUAGGGAGAACGGGGCGGGGAAUCUCCUGGGCGUGACGGCUGCAAUCAAAACAACUUCAGCCGAGGCUGAGAGGGGGCAGACACACACCGACACCGCCCCGAGAGCUGGCAGCGAGGGUCUGUCGCCUGGGAUGGCAUCACACGACUUGCAGAAACAUUACUACACACUCAGUACAUCAAUGGGCCCCGCUUUGGUUGAGCAGAUCACAUGUUUCUUGUACAGCACCCAGGUUCUCAGUCAAUAUGAACUCAAUAUCAUCAGCUCCAAGUCUGGUAUCCUUAUGAAGGCAUCUGAAUUACUUUCUGCAGUCAUCCGCAAGGGGAAGAAAGCCUGUGGCAUCUUCUUUCAUGCACUUGCAACGUGUGAUCCACAUCUGAGCAACCAAAUAUUGGGAACGCAAGUUAAUUCUACUGGUUGUACUUUACCAGCCACUUCAUUUCAGAGGCUCAAUUCUUCAAAUGAAUAUCUGUUGAGAUCUCAAGCAAAGCCUUAUGUUUCAGAGGUGCCAAGAACUGGAGAAGUGUUGUCCUUUCAAAAAGAACAGCGCCAGUCACUGCCGGUGAUCUGCAAGAUUUGUAUCUGCAAUUCAAGUCUAAACAAUUGCACCUUUGGGUCAAACAACAACAUAUCCAUUACGAGGUCGAUGUCACUAUCUGUUUUGGAUAACUUUGCAGAGCCGGCAUCCAGUGUGAAUGCAGAAUGUGGGAAGGCCCUGGAAAAGGACUCUAAGUCCCACAGAUGUAGCAGGUGCAAUGAAAUGAGCACAAGUAGCAGGGAAGCCAUCCAAGUGGAAUCUGACAUUGAAAUAAUCAGGUCCAAGUUACAAAACAUAACUAUUGGAAACCAAAAUACAUUCUCUUUGGUGGAAGAAUUUAGCGACGAAGAUGAUAAUGAGGAGAAGGAGCUGGACCCAGAGUACGAGGAAAAUGAACGUGAGGAGAGAGAAGAUACGGAACAGUUAACAAGUGAAACCAGACAGCCAGAAGUAGUGCAGCAGUUGGAAUGCAGCAGGUUAAUGGCUGGUUAAUAAAAAUGGAUCAGUCAGCUGAGCUUUAUGAGACGUUUAUGGUUCCCUCCUCGGUUGUCUAAGGAUGGUUGCCCCCUUGGCCAUUUCAUGGGGGACUUCUACACUGCCCAACCGGGACAGGAAGUACACCUCAGGGAACUGCUGGCCAAUCAGACACUGACCUUUUCCCAGUACUGAUGGGAUGGUCACUGUCAGUACUGCACUCAGGGUGGCAGUCAGGUGUUGAGGGCGUGAGCUGUCCUGAAUUUCUGGGUUUAUUGUUACACCAUUUUUGUAUUUGGAAUGAAUUCAAUCUUGAACGUACCUCAAAGACCGAUCAUCUGGGCUGGACAGUUUCAAAGAUUCACAGUCCUCUGAGUGAAGGAAGUCCGCAUCGAUGACCAAGAGGCCAGAGAGUGAGGGAGUUCUCAUAUGGAUGGUGUGUUACAGAAAUAGGGAGGGUAAGGAACACUUGAGAACAAGCACUCCCAAUUUCUCCAAUCCAGACAAUGAUCAGGAUUUUCUUUGUGCUCCUGAGAUGCUGCUUGGCCUGCUGUGUUCAUCCAGCUUCACACUUUAUUAUCUUGGAUUCUCCAGCAUCUGCAGUUCCCAUUAUCACUUAUCAAUGAUCAGGAUUUGGUGAAUGCAAAUACAACAGAUGGGAUAAGACCAGAAAACAAUGCUGCCCUCUCCCACUUGCAGGAUUUAUUGUUGAAAGUGACAAUGAUGACCAGGAUCUCAAAAAGAACGCAUAUGUCAGGAACGUCAACCGUUAAUUAUGCAUGGGUAUCUUAAGAUUCCCUGUGUAAGUUGCCCUGUAUUCCUUGUAUCCAGCAAUUAAAUGGUUAAAAAGGUCAGUAGGAAGUGAAGUCAACAGCUCCCCACAUACGAAAUUUCAAAUGUUUAAAAAAAGCUUACAUUACCCUACAAUACAAAGGACAUGAUUUUCAUUUUGUUGGAAUCCUGCUGUACCACUUAUUUUGGUCAAGCACCUAUUUUAACAUCUUAUGUGAAACCAUGCUUUUCGAAGGAUGGGAGGCUAUCAAAAAGUUCUACUGGAAUAAAGGAUUUUAGAUAUGCAGAUAGGCUGGAGAAGUUAGGUUGUUCUCUUCAGAGCAGACAAAGCUGACAUGGCUUUAGGCUCAUGACGAUUUAAAGAGGGAAAAUUAGUUUUCAAUGCUGAAGAUUCAUUAACUAGAAGAUACAGAUUUAAGUUAUUUGACAAAUUAACCAGAAGGUAAAUGGGUUGGGGGUGGAAGGGGGGUCGGAAGGAAGGCUUUUUUAAAAUACAGCAAGUGGUUUGGAUUUGGCUUGCAUAACCUGAUAGGGAAACAGAUCAAAAGCAGCCUUAAGACAAUUCGAUAACUACCCAAAGGAGAAAAGUUGCAGAAAUAGGAGGAUGAAAUGGACAAGUGGAACUAUCUGAAUUGCCCUUUGAACCUUUGGCAGAAUCCCCCAAACAGUCAAAUGGCCUCAUUGA